GCCGCUCUAGGCCCGGCGAGUGCUCUCUAUGGUCGGGCGGGAGGUGUGUUGUCAUCCGCGGAGCGACGGCCGGAGGCAGCGGCUUAGGCCCCCGCGGGGCGUUUGGUUUCGGUUUGGCCUUGACUGGAAUUAGCGUUGACGGUCGAAAUGGGAGUCCCCAAGUUUUACCGAUGGAUCUCGGAGCGGUAUCCCUGCCUCAGUGAAGUGGUGAAAGAGCAUCAGAUUCCUGAAUUUGAUAACUUGUACCUGGAUAUGAAUGGAAUCAUACAUCAAUGUUCCCAUCCCAAUGAUGAUGAUGUUCACUUCAGAAUUUCAGAUGAUAAAAUCUUCACUGAUAUUUUUCACUACUUGGAGGUGUUGUUUCGCAUUAUUAAACCUAGGAAAGUGUUCUUUAUGGCUGUUGAUGGUGUGGCUCCUCGAGCAAAAAUGAACCAGCAGCGGGGGAGGCGUUUUAGGUCAGCAAAGGAGGCAGAAGACAAAAUAAAAAAGGCAUUAGAAAAAGGAGAAACUCUUCCUACAGAGGCCAGAUUUGAUUCCAACUGUAUUACACCAGGGACUGAAUUCAUGGCCAGGUUACAUGAACAUCUGAAGUAUUUUGUAAAUAUGAAAAUUUCUACAGAUAAGUCGUGGCAAGGAGUUACCAUCUACUUCUCAGGCCAUGAGACUCCCGGAGAAGGAGAGCAUAAAAUCAUGGAAUUUAUCAGAUCGGAGAAAGCAAAGCCAGAUCAUGAUCCAAACACCAGACAUUGUCUUUAUGGUUUAGAUGCUGACUUGAUUAUGCUUGGAUUAACAAGUCACGAGGCACAUUUCUCUCUUUUAAGAGAAGAAGUUCGGUUUGGUGGCAAAAAGACACAAAGGGUAUGUGCACCAGAAGAAACCACAUUUCACCUCCUACACUUGUCUUUAAUGAGAGAGUAUAUUGACUAUGAGUUUUCAGUAUUAAAAGACAAGAUCACUUUUAAAUAUGAUAUUGAAAGGAUAAUAGAUGAUUGGAUUUUGAUGGGAUUUCUUGUUGGCAAUGAUUUUAUCCCUCAUCUACCUCAUUUACAUAUUAAUCAUGAUGCACUGCCUCUUCUUUAUGGAACAUAUAUUACCAUCCUGCCAGAACUUGGUGGUUAUAUUAAUGAAAGUGGGCAUCUCAACUUACCUAGAUUUGAGAAAUACCUUGUGAAACUAUCAGAUGGCCAGGGAAAUGCCAUUUGUUGGGCUGCUUUAGACAAAAAUGGAGAAGAAGUGGUAACUUCUAAGGAUAAUUUAGAAGAUGAAACUGAAGAUGAUGACCUAUUUGAAACUGAGUUUAGACAAUAUAAAAGAACAUAUUACAUGACGAAGAUGGGAGUUGAUGUAGUGUCUGACGACUUUCUGGCUGAUCAAGCUGCAUGUUAUGUUCAGGCAAUACAGUGGAUUUUGCACUAUUACUAUCACGGAGUUCAGUCUUGGAGCUGGUAUUAUCCCUACCAUUAUGCACCUUUCCUAUCUGAUAUCCGUAACAUCAGUACACUCAAAAUCCAUUUUGAACUAGGAAAACCUUUUAAGCCAUUUGAACAGCUUCUUGCUGUUCUCCCAGCAGCUAGCAAAAAUUUACUUCCUACAUGCUACCAGCACUUGAUGACCAGUGAAGACUCACCAAUUAUAGAAUAUUAUCCACCUGAUUUUAAAACUGACCUAAAUGGGAAACAACAGGAAUGGGAAGCUGUGGUACUAAUACCUUUUAUUGAUGAGAAGCGAUUGUUGGAAGCCAUGGAAACAUGUAACCACUCCCUCAAAAAGGAAGAAAGGAAAAGAAACCAACAUAGUGAGUGCCUAAUGUGCUGGUAUGAUAGAGACACAGAGUUCAGCUACCCCUCACCAUGGCCAGAAAAGUUCCCUGCCAUAGAACGUUGUUGCACAAGGUAUAAAAUAAUAUCAUUAGAUGCUUGGCGUGUAGACAUAAGCAAGAACAAAAUAACCAGGGUUGACCAGAAGGCACUGUAUUUCUGUGGAUUUCCUACCCUGAAACACAUCAAACACAAAUUUUUUUUGAAGAAAAGUGGGGUUCAAGUAUUCCAGCAAAGCAGUCGUGGAGAAAACAUGAUGUUAGAAAUCUUAGUGAAUGCAGAAUCAGUUGAACUUAGUGUAGAAAAUAUAGCUUCAUCAGUGCUUGGAAAGUCUGUCUUUGUUAAUUGGCCUCAUCUUGAAGAAGCUAGAGUUGUUGGUAUAUCAGAUGGAGAAACUAAAUUUUACUUGGAAGAACCUCCAGGAACACAGAAGCUUUAUUUGGGAAGAACUGCCCCACCAUCUAAAGUGGUCCAUCUUGGAGACAAAGAACAAUCUAACUGGACAAAAGAAGUACAAGGAAUUUCAGAAUACUACCUAAGAAGAAAAGGAAUAAUAAUAAAUGAAACAUCUGCAGUUGUAUAUGCUCAGUUACUCACAGGUCGUAAAUACCAAAUAAAUCAAAAUGGUGAAGUUCGUCUAGAGAAACAAUGGUCAAAACAAGUUCUUCCUUUUGUUUAUCAAACUAUUGUAAAGGACAUCCGAGCUUUUGACUCCCGUUUCUCCAAUAUCAAAACAUUGGAUGACUUGUUUCCUCCUAGAAGUAUGGUCUUUAUGCUGGGAACCCCCUAUUACGGCUGCGCUGGAGAAGUUCAAGAUUCAGGGGAUGUGAUUACAGAAGGUAGGAUUCGUGUGGUUUUCAGCAUUCCAUGUGAACCCAAUCUUGAUGCUUUAAUACAGAACCAGCAUAAAUAUUCUAUAAAGUACAACCCAGGAUAUGUGUUGGCCAGUCGUCUUGGAGUGAGUGGAUACCUUGUUUCAAGGUUUACAGGAAGUAUUUUUAUUGGAAGAGGAUCUAGGAGAAACCCUCAUGGAGACCAUAAAGCAAAUGUGGGUUUGAAUCUCAAAUUCAACAAAAAAAAUGAGGAGGUACCUGGAUAUACCAAGAAAGUUGGAAGUGAGUGGAUGUAUUCAUCUGCAGCAGAACAGCUUCUUGCAGAGUACUUAGAGAGAGCUCCAGAACUAUUUAGUUAUAUAGCCAAAAAUAGCCAAGAGGAUGUAUUCUAUGAAGAUGACAUUUGGCCUGGAGAAAAUGAGAACGGUGCUGAGAAAGUUCAAGAAAUUAUUACUUGGCUAAAGGGACAUCCUGUCAGUACUUUGUCUCGUUCUUCUUGUGAUUUACAAAUUCUGGAUGCAGCUAUUGUUGAGAAAAUUGAGGAAGAAGUCGAAAAGUGCAAGCAAAGAAAGAAUAAUAAGAAGGUACGAGUGACAGUGAAGCCCCAUUUGCUGUACAGACCUUUAGAACAGCAACAUGGAGUCAUUCCUGAUCGAGAUGCAGAAUUUCAUCUCUUUGACCGUGUGGUAAAUGUGAGAGAGAACUUUUCAGUUCCAGUUGGCCUUCGGGGCACCAUCAUAGGAAUUAAAGGGGCCAAUAGAGAAGCUGAUAUACUAUUUGAAGUAUUAUUUGAUGAAGAAUUUCCUGGAGGCUUAACAAUAAGGUGCUCACCUGGUAGAGGUUAUCGACUGCCAACAAGUGCCUUGGUGAAUCUUACUCAUGGGAGUCGCUCUGAAACCGGAAAUCAGAAGUUGACAGCCAUUGUGAAACCACAACCAGCUGUGAAUCACUAUAGCUCAAAUUCAUCAAUUUCAUCUGGGCAUUUGGGAGGCUUGAACCAUUCCCCUCAAUCACUUUUUGUUCCUACUCAAGUACCUACUAAAGAUGAUGAUGAAUUUUGCAACAUUUGGCAGUCCUUACAGGGAUCUGGAAAGGUUCAACACUUUCAGCCAACUCUACAAGAGAAAAUGCUUGGAGGGCCUGCCCAAUGUAAUAUUAAGCUAUUGAAGAGAAAUGAAAGUGCAGAAGUGUCAGAAAACCAGAAGGUUGUGACCAGUUACCCAAAUGCUAUUGAUAAGCCUAACCCUGGAAUUGAGAACUUUUUAGCAUCCUUGAAUAUCUCCAAAGAAAAUGAAGUACAGUCAUCUCAUCAUGAAGAGCCUCCAAGUGAAGAACUUUUGUCACCACAAUCAUUUGCUAUGAAGGGAACUCGGAUGCUUAAAGAAAUACUAAAAAUUGAUGGCUCUGAUGCUGUGGACCAUAAAAAUGAAAUGAAGCAGUUUGGUAACGAAGUCACUGUUUCCUCUAAUAGAAGAGAUGAAUAUGGACCUUCCUCCCAGGCUAAACAAAAUAAGAAAUUAACAUCUUAUAUGAAUAAGCCUCACAGUGCUAGCGAAUACCAUAAUGUUCAGCCUAUGGACCAUGUGUGUUGGCCUGCUCCCAGCCAUAUCCCUCCUGUGUCCACACCAGUAACUGAACUUUCUCGAAUUUGUUCCCUUGUUGGAAUGCUACAACCAGAUUUCUCCUUUCUUAGAACACCACAGACAAUGACAGUUUGCCAGGUAAAAUUAUCUAAUGGCUUACUGGUACAUGGGCCACAGUGCCAUUCUGAAAAUGAAGCCAAGGAAAAAGCCGCACUUUUUGCUUUACAACAAUUGGGCUCCUUAGGAGUGAAUUUCCCUUUGCCUCCACCAAUAUUUCCAAAUUAUCCUCCUGCUAUACCACCCGGAACCAUUCCUCCAGUUUUUCCUCAACCUACUGCUAAUAUAAUGCCUUCAUCAUCUCAUCUCUUUGGCUCCAUGCCAUGGGGACCACCAGUGCCAGUUCCUGGGAAGCCAUUUCAUCAUACUUCAUACUCUGGGACCAUGCCCAUGGCUGGGGGAUUGCCAGGUGGUGUGCACAAUCAGUUCAUACCUCUACAGGUUACUAAAAAAAGGGUUGCAAAUAAAAAGAACUUUGAGAGUAAGGAGGCCCAGAGUUCUCAAGCUACCCCGCUUCAGACUAGCCAGCCAGGGUCUUCCAAUGUCACCAAAGUGAUUCCACAGGAGUGUUCAUCAGCCUCCUUAAAGUCCUCUCAGAUUACUCAACCUGCAUCUUCUUUUCAAGCUGAAGCUGCCUCCCAAGGCCAUAGUAUGUCUCAUCACAAGUCCACACCAAGCUCAUCUUCAAGAAGAAAAUCAAGAAAACUGGCUGUCAAUUUUGGCGUUUCUAAACCUUCUGAAUAAAUAUGGUACUCGAAAUUAAAUUAAUUUCUUUCCUUUCCACCCAUGUUUUUAGAAAUCCAUAUCUGUGUCUCAUAAAAAAUUAGAAUGUGCUAUUUUAAAAUAAUAUGUUUUGAUUAAAAAUUUUCUUUUCAAUUAAAAUUUUUAAUUGGUUGUCAGGCACUUUUCAUGCUAUAUCAAAUUGUGCGUCUUAAACAUGUGCAGUUUUACAUCAGUUAUACCUCAGUAAAGCUGUAAAAAAGAAAAACUAAAUUAAACCUUGUGUUAAAAUAGUAUCAGUGGACUAAGCAUUAAAAUGUACCACUCUAACUCUUGGCCUCUCAUCAAUAGAAGUAUCCUGAACUAUGAAUUAGACAUCAUAGUGCAAUAAUAAUAAAAAAAAUUGUUAUACCAUUGAGGGAUAAUUAAAUGGAGCAUGAAAAUUGGGCCUCAGGUGUAAUCUACUGAGUGGAUUUUAUUUCUCUCUUUAAUGUGACAGGUUUGUCAGGAGAAUGGCUCUUAGAGUAUUUUAACUUGCAUUUUGCUUUCUCUGAGGGUCCUUUAGACCUGCUGUGAAAUGAUCACACUUGUGGUGGUGCUGCCAGUUUUGCUUGAUUCUAAAUUUUGUACCAAAGCAACUUUAGAAUACUGAUCAGAGUAUUUCACUUAACUGCUUAGAACCAUAAAUAGCAAUCGAGAUUUGAGCAAGUAAUUACAGUUUUUUAGAUUAUUCAAGAACCAGCAUUAGAAAUUUCUAAUAAAAUUAAGUUUCAAAAUCUACAGGGUACAAGGACUACAAAUUAAUCUUCUAAUAGAAUAAAGUAAAAUAUAUUAAUCAUGUUAGUUGAAAUAAAUUGUGUUAUUCUUUUGUAUAGCUUUUUACCUGCUUAAACAUAUAUGAGAGCUUCUUUGUUGGUCCAUGUGUAGCGCUUCUUGAGACUGAUGAAAUUCUAAUUUUUUAAAAAAAUUCUGAGGUGUGCUAAAUACAGGCACAAUCAGUUUGUGAUGUACUUUAUUUACAUGACAAACGCCUGUCUCAUUCUGUUUCCAUAUUUUUAGCUUUAUGCUGAACUGUUCAGUGACUCUGGCAUUUUGUCUUUGCAUGUCAUGUAUGGGUGUGUAUUGUUCAAGCUGUGGCUGUUGAAAUUAUUUUAGAAUUUAUGAAAAUUUCUCAGUGGUACCAGGGCCUGAGUUUUUACAUGUAUACACACACACACACACACACACACACAUUUAUCCUUUAGUUUUUGUGAUAUGCUUAUAUUUUUAAGGAAGUAAGUUAUCAUACUUUUUUAAAAAGUAGGAACCAUAAUGUUUAUAUGGAGCUGCUUAUUAUUAUAUCCAGUUUCAUUUAACUCAUUAAAAACCCUGCCAUGAGUCUUAGUCUAUUUGUUUUUUUUAAAUGCUGGUAUUGAACUAAAUGGAUUCCUUUCUCUAACUGCUGAUUUCAGAGUUUCUCUAAAUGCUAAGAGGAUAUUUGUAUAUUAGUAGUGCCUUUAGUGUAAGAGAUAAAUGUUCAUUAUCUGUCAUUUAUUAUAGUCAUGUGAGCGUCUGUGAUUUUAUUUUCUGUUAAUUUUCCAGAUUCAGAUGUUGGUUCCCAGCAUGUCCUUGUUGGGAAUGUUUAUCUGUAGUGGGAUCUUGAAUAAUGAGGCUCAAAUAAUUCUCAGUGUUUGUCCUUAGUGUCUCACAAACUCUGUAUUUGUUUUGAAAGGAAAUCUCUAUUAUGAGAAUACAAUACAAAAAAGUUAAAUUGUGACAAUAAUGUUCUUUUAACAUCUUACUACUUUAAAGUGUGUUAAUAUUUGUCACCUUAUGUACCUGUGCAAACUCCAGCAUUCAAGAAUUGCCUCGCUCAUUACUGCUAUGUGGCCCCUCUAAAAACAGUGUACAACCCACAUCUUUUUUAGAGUACAAAGGAAAGAGCAUGUGCCAUCUUCUGAAAACUCCCAAGAUAAAUUUCAACAAGCAUAUUGCCACUGAACCCAUAAGGAUAUCACCCCAGUGUUUGAGCAAAGGGAGUUUAUAAUUCUACAUGGAUAGGCAGCAAAAGUGUUUUCUUUUUGUUCCUUCCUCCCUUUUUAAAAAACACACAGUAUUCUAAAGGUCAAGAUUGAAGAGAGAUUAAAAUAGGAAAGAGCUCGAUAAUGACUAGAUUAGUGGUCAAGCCUUCAUCUCUGUUCCUUUUCCUUUGUAGACCUGUUCCAAAUAUGGGCAUGAGAUCAAUAGGAGAUCAGCAGGACUCGUGCCUCCCUGUGCAGGACAUAAGAAACAGACUAUUUUUAUCUCAUGAUAAUCUCGAGGAGACUGGAUUCGUUGAUAGUAUGGGAAACUUAGUUUUUCCCUCUUGGAUGGGGCAAACUCAGACCAGCUCCAAGUUUAGAAAUAUGCCCAUUCGACUGUUGAAUCUGCUGUAAACUUUCUGUGAAAGCUGUGGUCUCUAUAGGGCAUAGGAGAGCAGAGUGCCCAAAUUGCUUCAUGCUUCCACGUAACCGAAGAAAUUAAAUCUAAAUAUUCUUACUCAGUAAUUUCCCUCUUUUUUUUUUUUUGAGUGCAUUAAGUGAAUUUUGAAAUUGAUUUUUCUAGUCUCAUUGUUCCUUGUUACAAUUGCCUGCAUUACCUGAUCAUCACCUAGUUUUAUAAUUUGACAGAAUGUAUUAAUUGAUUUAAACAUCAUGUAGACGAAAAUCUUAAACAUCAGAGAGUCAGUUGCAUGAAACAUUAAUUUUGCCUCUGUGUGUACCUUGGUUUCAAUUUAAGAUGUUCUUGCUUUUCAGAGGGAUAAGGAGUUCUUUUAAAACUGAAAAGAUAAGGUUUGUUUUUGUUUUUGUUUUUCUAUUGGUGGGAGAGAUGAAGAACUCUUGGUGCAGGCUUUUUGUUGUUUUUCCUUUCCUAUGAUCAGGUAUUUGCUUUGGUUUUAGACUGUUAUUUCCGAACUAAUCUACAGUCUUCAUUUAAGGGGAGAAGCAGUGAAGGAGGAGUUGGAAGAAGGAAACCAAUUAAAUAAGAUAUAUCCAAUCACUGCAUUUUCAGACUAUCUCUUUCUAGCUCAAGGAAAUAGAUAAGUUGCAGGGGCUUUUUUAUUUACUCACUUUUUAAUCAUCUGUUCUAUUUGUAUUAAUGAAUCAUACGUUUUUGUAGUGGUUGUCUAAUUUUUACCUUAAGGUAGAGAAAACUGUCCAGAUCUCCACUGAAGUUAGGCCUAACGUGCUUUGCCUCAUUGUUCAGAGCAUCUUUUUUAAAGCAACAGUGUAUAAUUUCCCAGCUUUUCAAGCUUGCUAUCUUUCUUAGGAUCACCUUGCUUCCAAAUUGUGUUUUUACUAUAGAGGAGAAUUAAUUUAUUGGAGAGAUAUAACUGUGACAAGCAUUCUCUACUUUAAAAAAAAAAAUCAAGUUCCUUUAUCAUUUUUCUAGAGAUAGUGAUAGUACUCAGACUGGCAGUGUUCUUUAUAUUUUGUAAGCUUUGUCAGUGGAACAGUGUUUUUCACAGGAGCUUCCUUUCCUAGUGAGGAUAAAGCUUAAAAUUCCAGAAAUGAGUAUUUCAAACUGACCUGGUUCGUAUUUCCAUCAGACCUCUCCAUAUUCCGCCAGGGAGCAGUAGGAGACAGCGUUGAAACAGACAGGCAAUGGCACUGAGUCAGCAGGCGUGCGGAAGUGCCCGUUACCAUACUGAGUUAACAGCUCGGGUAUCACUCCUUUUUUUUUUUUUUUUUUAAGAGAGAGGGGAGAAAAAUGUGUAAAAUAGUUUUAGUAAUUAAGAAUAUCAGCAAUCUACAGCUGCUUUUGUGUUUGUAUGUAUGUCAGUGAACCAACAAUUAUGCCUUGCUCAGUCAAUGCAUUCAGCCAUCUCAAGUGCAAUUUGUGAUGGAGACUCUGGUUUCCAGUAGAUAGUUUUACAUAGUUAAACCUGUAAAAAUUAAUUUUUUUUCCAGCAGUACAUCCAUUGCUAUUGAUUUCAGCAAUGGUAUACUAUUAAAUUGCCUAGGCCAAAUAAUUAAGUUUAUACAGAUGUUUUAGUAAUUUGAAGCCAAAUUCUCAUACUGUUUCUCAUGAAAUAAAAAGACUGAGAAUUUGGUCCACAGUUUGCUUUAAGUUAUUUUAUUUUACUCCUUUCCCUUUAUAGCUAAGGGACUUUUUCCUUUGUUUUGGGGUUUGGGGUUUUUUGUUGUUGUUGUUGUUUUGUUUUGUUUUGUUGCCUCAGGUCUCUUACAUUUUCUUUUGCUUGCACCCAGUUGCUUCUUUGAGGGUUUUCCUCUAUUUUGAUAUAUGAAUAAUAAAUAGUGUGCUGUAUCAUCAAAGUGUUCAACACUCUGUUCAUUUAAACAAUAUAAUUCAUACAUAUAUACCUUAAUUCAUUUCUUUUCUCAGCUAUUUUAUAAGUAACUGGACUUUUUCAUUAGAUCUUAUACAGAGCAGUAUUUUAUUAAAAAUUCAAAAGGGAAGACUUUUAUGUGCUCAUUUUGUAGUUUUUGUUUUUUAAAUAUCUUUACAUUGUCUGCAAUUAAAGUGUUUUAAACUUGCAUUGUAAUGGACUCCGAAUGUAUUUUUGUGUUAAGUUGUACAUUUGUAGAUCUCUCGCAUGAAGUUAGCCUCAAAAUGUUGUGCAGAAGGAUUUUAAAAUAAGAGUCACUGAAAGAGUUUAAACAUCUAUACAUGUUAAAUGCUAUAUGGAUUUUAAUUAAACACUUGAGAAUGAUUUCAAAA